CAAAUGGAGAGAAAGUCAAUAUAUUUUGGGAGGGAAACUGAAUGAUUAAUGAAGCCAUGGAGAAGAACUUAAUCAUGGCGAGACUAAGCUCUCUCUUCUUCAUUUCCUUAUUCCUUCAUGUAGCACUCAUUGCAACAUGUUGCAUAGGGAUAUCGCAGCAGCAGCCGAAGAAGCAUGCUGCUGCUGCUGCUGCUAUGGCUGUGCCUUUCUUCCUAUUUGGUGAUUCAUUUCUGGAUGUUGGCAACAACAACUACAUCAACACUUCAACUCUUGACCGAGCAAAUUGCUGGCCUUAUGGAGAAACUUAUUUCAAGUUUCCGACCGGAAGAUUUUCUGAUGGGCGUUUGGUAUCAGACUUUAUUGCUGAAAAUGCAAACUUGCCAUUGAUCCAGCCUUUCCUGCAACCGGGUUUUCGAGAAUAUAUCCUCGGGGUAAAUUUUGCAUCUGCUGGAGCAGGUGCUCUAACUGAGACAUUUCAAGGAUUUGUGAUCGAUCUUAAAACACAGCUAAGCUACUAUUACAAGGUGGAGAGUUGGUUGAGACAGAAAUUAGGAAAUGAUGACGCGAAGAUGACUAUGUCAAGAGCUGUUUACUUGUUUAGCAUUGGGAGCAAUGAUUACAUGAGCCCUUUCUUGACCAAUUCCACCAUCUUACACAACUACUCUGACUCCAUAUAUGUUGGGAUGGUAAUCGGCAACCUCACAACAGUCAUUAAAGAAAUAUAUACACGAGGAGGUCGAAAAUUUGGGUUCAUCAACUUGCCGGAUUUAGGUUGUCUUCCAGGGAUGAAGAUAACCAAGUCUGAAAACAAUGGAAGCUGCUUGGAAGAAGUAACAUCACUGGUUACAUUACAUAACAAAGCUCUUUCCAAGCUCCUCUUUGGGUUAGAAAAACGAUUGAAGGGGUUUAAGUAUUCACUUUUUGACUUCAACAGCAAUCUCAGACAAAGAAUGCAUCAUCCCUCCAAAUAUGGUUUUAAGGAAGGGGAGGCAGCAUGCUGUGGAACGGGGCAAUAUAGAGGAGUAUUCAGCUGUGGGGGAAAAAGGAGAGUGAAGGAAUUUCAACUUUGCAAGAAUCCAAAUGACUAUGUGUUUUGGGACUCUUUCCAUCUCACCGAAAAGAUUUACAAACAAUUGGCAGAUCAAAUGUGGAGUGGAACAAGUAAUUCUCAUGAUGUUGGACCUUACAACAUGAGUCAACUAUUCAGAAUUCAUUGAGCAAAUUUUGUCCCAAAAAACAGAGAAUUCCUUUGGCAAAGGUCUUAUUCACCUUGAAAACAAGAUUUUCAUUCAAAAAAAAAAAAAGUGUCUAAAUACGUGGGUUCUAAAUAUCUAAUCCAUAUAAUUUA